AUGACUGUUGGAAGCGCAGAUUCUUCCCUUUUCAAUGUAGGAAUCCCUCUUUCUGGCAUUCAGGUUUGCAUCUACUACUAUGUUUUUGCUAAGUUGGCUGAGAGAUUUAACUGGUCAAACGUUAGUUACUGGAUCAUAUUCUGGCAGCUUGUCAUAGCAAUAGUGAUAUCGGCAGUAUCCGCUGGUCUAUGGAUUGCUGUUGCCUAUGAGGAUGCUAGUGCUGGAUGUGGUCAAGAAGCUACUGGUCCUACUGCCAUAUCUCCAAUUCUUAUGGGAAUGGUCGGUAUGGGUGGUAUUUAUGCUUUCUACCCCGCUAUUGCUCCAUAUAAAUUGACUGAUGUUGGAACUGGCUACACUAUUGACCUUGUUGUCCUGUUCAUGAGUGCUGUUCCUGGUAGUGGAGUGGCACGUUCCAUUAAGAGCAGCGGUUUAAAGGUUGGACUCAUUACCAUUACGCUAAAGUUUUGCGAGGAGGGAUUGAAGGCGGUUUCUUAUGCUGGAGGUGGUGCAUAUAAAAGCCCAAUUCCAGCUGUUAACACGUUUGCAUCCCAAGGUUUAAUGAUCAUCUUGGCUUUUACUGGAGAUGGUUAUCUAAAGACUUACUCUAAAUAUGAGAACGAUCGUGAUAAGUGGCCCACUAGGGAUUAUGGGACAUUUAGAUCCAUCUGCUACUGGACAUGGAGUGGAAUGAAGGUGGCAUGUAAGAGUGUCAAGUCUUCCUUUACUAAGAAUGUCAGAUGCAAAGUUUUGGGUAAAUCAGAGGCUCUCCUAAUUGUAUAUGAAGAUGAGGAAUUUUAG